UAAAGGAGUGGACACACACAGUUUUAGCAUAGCUUCCCAUAUUAUUAUUAUCCACACACAACAAAUUACAAAACAAAAUAUACUAAAAUCUGUAUUUUUAGCUUCUUUUCACCAUCUAAUCUCACAAAAAUAUCAUCUUUCCCUGUUUUAUCGAGUAAAUAAAGAUUAGUUCCAACUGGAUUUUGUUCCCUUUUCCCCUUCUCUCCAUAACGAACCUAAUUUGCAGUUCUGUAUUUGGGGGUUUUCUUCUUUUGGAAGAACAGAAAAAAAGGUGUCUUUUGUUUUACUUUUGGAGUUAUUAAGAUAUGGCAAUGACCAAAACCUUAUCUAUGAUCUCAAGAACAGGAAGAGACUUGCAGAGAUACAAUGAUGGAUGUCGUCAAGUUGUUGGAUGCAUUCCGUACAGAUAUAGAAAAACCAAUCAAUCAUCUACAGUUCAAGGGACCCAAAUUGAUGAUUUGGAAUUCUUAUUGAUCAGCUCACAGAAGAGUCCAAAGUGGAUGUUCCCUAAGGGUGGUUGGGAAACUGAUGAGGCAUUAGAAGAUGCUGCUUUAAGAGAGACUUUUGAGGAAUCUGGUGUAGUUGGUGAUGUUGGGGUUCAGGAGUAUUUAGGUACUUGGAGUUUUAAGAGCAAAAGUCAAGGGACAUUUCAUGAGGGGCAUAUGUUUCCUUUACUUGUCACAGAAGAACUAGAAGAUUGGCCUGAGAAAACUGUCCGAAAACGUCUAUGGUUGAAAUUUAGUGAAGCAAGAGAAGUAUGUUGGCAUUCCUGGAUGAAGGAAGCUUUAGAUGUCUUUGCCUCUAAGCUCACAAAGAGAAAUAAAGACGAUGAGCCUCAGACAUGCCCUUUCGAUGAAUUGUGCUAUGAACAGACAGUUGCUACUGUAUCUAACUCUAACACAAUGUUUUAUGAAGAACCAAUAAUCAGCAUUGAAGCUAAUGACUUGACCUGUGAGGAGGAGCUGAGACUUAGCCUUGUAGCUAAGCCUUCUCUAGGUAAGCUCAUGUUCAAUGAAGAUGCAAGGCGAAAGCCGUUUUCCAAUGAAAUUAGUAAUGUAGCCUACUCAAUGUUCAGUGAAGAAGCAACCAUGAGCACCAAAGCCCAGAAGAUGUUCAAUGAAAAAUUGGGAAGAAUAAGCAUUGCUGCUUUCAGCUAGCAAACAAAUGAUGGAAGAAACUUCAAGACUUCUAAAAACCGAGAAUGAGGAACCAGGUUCGCCUAUCCUGUAGAAUUCUCGACGAGCUGGAAGCCAAGAAUGAGCAUAAUGUAAUGGAGAAAGAAAGAAAGAACCUUGGAACGCCGUCGACAGAAAUUUUGAUGACUAUAAAUAUGCUGGACUUGGCAUUGUUACCUACAAUCUGCAAAGAAAGGACAAUAAUCUAUCGAUGCAGUUACAGGCAGCAGUAUUAUGGACCAGAGAAAAGAACCUUUCAAAUCCCUGCCUGAUACGAUUCUGUAUAUUGUCCCUUUAACCCGAGAAGAAGUUUGAGUUAACCUUGCUUUAGAUGAUUCAAAGAGAAACUAAUCCAGUUUCUCAAAGGCAUAACACAUACAUAGACACUCAAGUUUGGCCUCGAUUGGCAAGUAGACAAUCCAAUUUUGGGAGUGGACACACGAUGAUGCUGACUUGACACAUAAAUUUUGGAUGCGUCCAGAUGAUUAUUUCUUUAAGCUGAGUGUUCAACUGACACAAUGGAGACGAGUUGAAAUUAGUAGAUGUGCAUCGUCCUUGGAGCGUUUUGUCAGUUGAGACCAAGUUUGAGUGUCUAUCUUUAUAUUAUAUACCUUUCUCAAACACCAGAUAUGGUUAAUCGCAUAAGUUUCUAACAUCAUUCUUUAAUUCUUUUUUGUUGUUACAAGGUGUACAUAUGAUCAUUUAGUUAAAAGAACACCAAAAUUGAACCCAAAAAAAUUGUCUCUAGUUGUUGGCAUUACCCUGUUGAUUCAAUGAUUGAAGUAUAAAUUAAUGGCUAUGAUGUUCUUGA